AUGCCUCGUGCUGGCGGUAUUCUCUUUGAUCUGGAGCAGGUUUCAAGUGAGCAUCGCCAGAGGUUCAUUCCCGCAGAGUACGACGCACUAGCAGCGAUGUGGGUUCGCUUCGUGCAAACUAGUCAUGCUCUAGGACACAUUCUGCGUGCCCAUUAUCGUGCCAGGGGCCCUCGGCCGAGCCUUGAAAAUGUCGAUAAUCUUGUAGAAGAGUUGCAGGAAUGCGCUCGACAAGGCCAAUUGUCAGAUGUCUCCAAUUACUCGCUCCGCAUGCAUGCUUAUCAAGUCGAGUUGUUCUACCAAGCCACAGUUACUGUCCUCCAUCGCCCAUAUGUCUUUGGCGGUCUUGCAGCUGUUCCUGCUACUGCUCCACUUCUGUGGCACAAGACGGCUUUAGCGAAAGCAAGAGCAGCCGCUUCAAACACGAACAAUAUUCUAGAGAAGCUGAUUGAAAUCGAUGCUAUCCAGUUUUUGAAAUCAAUGAUAAUUACCGCCAUAGAUCCCUCAAUGCAAAUUCACCUUUUCGAUUACAAGUCUGUUGAACCUCUCAUUAGCGGUCUCGCGGGCAAUCGCCUCCAACUAUGUAUGCUUAUCCUGUCAAAGCUCCGGGAGACGUACUGGAGCGCCGGGGUUAUGUACAGACUUUUCGAACGCGCGCAGCGAAUUCUUCAGGAGUCCAAGCGCUGCAAUCUCAAUACCGUUCCAAGAUUAGGCCAGGACCUUGACCAAGUAGUGAAUGACUGCGACACCCGACCAAAUGCAGAUUACCAUAACCGAUUGCAAAAACAUAUCGACACCCCUGUUCUUGACUCCUCCCUGGAGGGCUGGCCCUUGAUGAGCAAUACUACAACCGACGCAUUGCCAUUCUGGGACGGCCCUCUGAGCUUCGAUACUGUGGGUGAGCUACUCGGACCUGGUUCGGCCUCCCUGGAGAUGCCUUCGAGGGUUCAUUCACCGGCUGUUAUGGCGGUAGCGCACAAGCGUUGA